AUGGCACGUGUCUAUGUCGGGAACUUGCCCGAAAUCGUGCGUGAACGUGACUUAUCGGAUAUGUUUGAGCGCUUUGGACGACUGUUAAGUGUCCAGAUUAAGUUUCCAACCCGUCCACCACCAUUUGCGUUCUUGACAUACGAAGAUGAAAGAGAUGCAAGUGAUGCUGUACGUUCAAUGAAUAAUGUCGUGAUCUCAGGUAGUCGAAUUCGGGUGGAAAUGUCACGUGGUACAUAUGAACCCCGACGUCGUGGUACCCAAUAUCGCGUAACCAUUUCUGGGUUACCCGAUACAAUGAGUUGGCAAGAUUUAAAAGAUUUUUUACGUAAAGGUGGUGAUGUCAUUCAUACAGACGUCGAUCGUCGUGGUCAUGGAUCAGCAUCAUUUGCAACAUCGGAUGAAAUGCAUCGUGCAAUUCGUAAAUUAAAUGAUUUUGAAUUGAAUGGAGAUCGAAUUCGAAUUCGUGAAGAUGUUCCACGUAAUCGAUCCCGUUCACUUUCACGUUCACCACGUCGUCGUCAUCAUUCACGAUCGCGAUCGAUUUCUCUUUCACCACGACGUAAUCGCAUUCAUCGUCGUCGACUUUCCCCAUCUCGUUCUCGUUGA